UACAGAUAUCUGCUUAACAACAUCCAAGUGAAGUUCUAAUUUCAAAAUGCCUCCCAAAUUGUCAAAAAAGCAGAAGAAGAUGUUGGCACUGGAAAUGGCUGAUAAAAAGAAACAGGAAGCAGAGAAAGAAAGGAUCAUGCUUAUACAGAAUGAGAAGCUGCGUAUUGAGCAGGAUAAGAAAGCAGCAGAGGAAAAGGCAGUGAAGGACCUGGCAGAGCAGAAUGUUCGCCUGACACAGCUGAGUGAUACACAGAGCAUGUUUGCUCACUUUGAGGGACAGACAUGGCUUGCAGAAACCAGGGCUAAAGAGUUGGAUGAGUGGGAGCAGUACAUGAAAUGUGAUGGUCUACCAGAUCCUGCUAAUGUCCCACAAAUGAAUACAUUCCUUUAUUUGUGGAAGCAGGAAGAUGAUGACAUAGAAACUGUUGUCAAGAAGACAGACAUCAUUCUUGCUCUCCUUAAUAAACUUGAAGAACUGAUAGACAUGCCUACUGGAGUUAGCGGUCGCCAAGUAGAACACUGGAAAGAGGUGAGGAAUGACUUCCGUGCAGAGCAGCAGCGCCAUCUGGACAAUGCCUGCUACAAGCUGUUGAGCAACAUGGAACAAUCGAUGACACUGACAGGGCUGAAUGAGGCAAGCUUCCGCAUCAAAUCAAGUCACUUGCUACUGCUCCUGUGGGCUCUGCUGCCAUUGCCACGAGGUCACGCUCCACCACCAGAUGAGCCCAAGCCCAUAAAGACGUGCGAGAUGAGUGAGCUCGGGUUGCUAGUGCAGUUGCCGGGGUCUUUGGCAGAUGUGGACCUGGUGGUGCGGGGCUUGCAUGUCAACUACGACCACUAUUCUGACCUGAGUCCUUCCUGUGAGCUGAAGCAACAGUUCGAUGUUAAGCCAAACGAAAAGAAUGAUGCACCAGCAGCAUAUGAGAAAGAUGCAUCUCAGGCUACAACUCAUGAGGAAGAACCUACAUUAUAA